GUUUGAUGCUCAGCAAAAGGAACUCGAGGGUGUUGCCAACCCUAUCAUGACGGCUGCAUACCAGGCUUCUGGCGGUGCACCUGGUGGUGCUCCAGGCGGUAUGCCCGGUGGUAUGCCUGGUGGCAUGCCCGGUGCUCCAGGUGGUGCCGCUGCUGGUGGUGAUGGCCCUGUUGUUGAGGAACUCGACUAGAUGCCAACUUUGUGACUUUCUUAAAAAAGUUUAUAGCCAAAUCAAUGUUACGACCACAGACGACACAUGCUAUUCUUGCUGCUUUUGAGUGUUUGUGCUGCUGCUCACCUGAACGGGACUGCUUAUAGUAGAGCUGCUACUGCACAGCAACCUGCUGUUCAAGGAGGUUUCCAGGCUUUUGAAACUUUGCGGCUGUCAAGCGCUGAACAGACGUAUACGGCGAAAGUAUCGGCAGAUGGAAGUUUUGCAUUUACAGAGAUUGUGCCAGGCAGUUAUAGCCUGUAUGGACCAUCCCUCAAUCGCGAACACUAUCGCGUGGAUGUAGGUGAGGAAGUCAAGGUUUGGCUACAAAAAGUAGGGACGCCGUGGUCUGCUGUUGGCGCACUUCAAGCAUUGCCACUACAAGUGAUGCCGAAAGGAACGGUUGACUUUUACACGCCACGACCGAGUUUGAAUCCCCUCAAGAUGCUCAAGAGUCCGCUUGUUUGGAUUGGGAUUGUGAUGGUGUUUAGCUUGUUUGGGCUGCCGAAGUUGACGGCGUGGAUGGAUCCUGAUGGGAUUGCAGAGAUGGAAAGCAUGCGAGAGAAGACACGGGAGCAGCAGGGGGAGCAGGUGGUGAAUCCUGUUGAGCGGUUGCAGAACAUGGACCUGAGUGGCUGGCUAGCUGGGAGGACGUAGCUGCUCUGCUCAUCUCUUAUGCUGCUACUAUACUACUAUUACUACUACUAUACUACUAUAAGUAUUGACUUCACUUGAUUUCCUGUCGACGCGAAAUGGUCCAGCAGCCAACUCGCACCCGCAAUCCGCCAGUCAACAACACGCAAGAGAAGAGACGCAGCACACCCAUCAACCACAUCAUCUCCAGCCAGCAUCAUGGUCGUACGUCGUGCAUCUCAUCUACUCAGCUAACAGACAGCGAGAAGUCAUCUCCC